AUGUUGACAACCUGUGGUGUGUGUUGCAGUGCCCUGAUGAUCCAGUUGGUGUGUGUGAGUGUGUGUGUGUACAGUAGAUCACACAGUGUCGUCAGGAAGUAGUUCCUGUGUGUUGUCGCUGGAUUCACGGAUCAUUUCACGUCUUUUCUCUCCGUCCAAUCACUGAAACAACUCACACACACACGCACACCUGCCGGUACCGGGAGCCGCUCAGCACGGAGCACGCGGACCGAACCUGCACCUGUCCGGACCGGAGACAUGCGGACUGGGAGCUGUCCGCCGCUCACCUGCUGUACAUGAACAAACUUCCGGAUUGAAGGUUUUUAAUGGACUCUUGAUGGGAACAACCGGACCCGACCCGACCCGACCGUCGUAGUUUGGUGGUUCAGGAGGGAAGUCGAUCCGAACCAUGUCUGUGAACGAGCUGUACACAAAGUACACUCGGGUCUGGAUCCCCGACCCGGACGAUGUGUGGAAGGCUGCAGAGAUCACCAGAGACUACAAGGAGGGAGAAGCUGUUCUCCACCUGAAGCUGGAGGAUGAGACGCCUCUGGAGUACCCUGUGGGUCCGAAGAGUAACCCUCUUCCCUUCCUGCGUAACCCCGACAUCCUGGUCGGGGAGAACGACCUCACCGCUCUCAGUUACCUGCACGAACCCGCCGUCCUGCACAACCUGCGAGUCCGCUUCCUGGAGUCCAACCACAUCUACACCUACUGCGGGAUCGUGCUGGUCGCCAUCAACCCGUACGAGCAGCUGCAGAUUUAUGGCGAGGAGGUCAUCAACGCCUACAGCGGGCAGAACAUGGGCGACAUGGACCCUCACAUCUUCGCUGUGGCUGAAGAGGCGUACAAACAGAUGGCCAGAGAUGAGCGGAACCAGUCCAUCAUCGUGAGCGGAGAAUCCGGAGCAGGAAAGACGGUUUCUGCCAAGUACGCCAUGCGUUUCUUUGCCACCGUCGGCGGCUCGGCCAACGACACCAACGUGGAGGAGAAAGUCCUCGCCUCCAGUCCCAUCAUGGAGGCCAUCGGAAACGCUAAAACCACUCGGAACGACAACAGCAGUCGCUUUGGAAAGUACAUACAGAUCGGUUUCAGCCGACGGUACCACAUCAUCGGAGCCAACAUGAGGACGUACCUGCUGGAGAAGUCCCGCGUGGUUUUUCAGGCGGAGGACGAGAGGAAUUAUCACAUCUUCUACCAGCUGUGUGCUUCAGCCAGUCUACCAGAGUUCAGAGAGCUCGGCCUCACCAGCGCAGAAGAUUUCACCUUCACGUCUCUGGGUGAGAACAUCUUCAUCGAGGGAGUGAACGACGCCGACGACUUCAUAAAGACCAGAGAGGCCUUCACGCUGCUGGGUAUAAAGGAGAGCAGUCAGAGCAGCAUUUUUAAGGUCAUCGCCUCCAUCCUUCACCUGGGCAACGUCGAGAUUUGCUCGGAGCGAGACGGAGAAUCCUGUCACAUCUCAAGGGACGACGUCCACCUGCAGCACUUCUGCCGGCUGCUGGGGGUGGAGCUGCAGCAGAUGGAGCACUGGCUCUGUCACAGGAAGUUGGCCACCACGUCCGAGACGUACGUGAAGAACAUGUCCAGCAAACAGGCGAGCAACGCCCGCGACGCGCUCGCCAAACACAUCUACGCACGCAUGUUCGACUGGAUCGUGGAGCACAUCAACAUGUCUCUGCAGACGUCGUCCAAACAGCACUCGUUCAUCGGAGUCCUGGACAUCUACGGGUUCGAGACGUUUGAGGUGAACAGUUUUGAGCAGUUCUGCAUCAACUACGCCAACGAGAAGCUUCAGCAGCAGUUCAACUCUCACGUGUUCAAACUGGAGCAGGAGGAGUACAUGAAGGAGCAGAUCCCCUGGACGCUCAUAGACUUCUACGACAACCAGCCCUGCAUCGACCUGAUCGAGGCUAAACUCGGCAUCCUCGACCUGCUCGAUGAGGAGUGUAAGGUGCCAAAGGGAACGGAUCAGAACUGGGCUCAGAAGCUCUACAAGCAGCACUCGAGCAGCGCUCACUUCCAGAAACCUCGCAUGUCCAACGUCUCCUUCAUCAUCAUUCACUUCGCCGACAAGGUGGAGUAUCAGUGUGAAGGCUUCCUGGAGAAGAACCGAGACACCGUCUACGAGGAGCAGAUCAACAUCCUGAAAGCCAGCCAGUUCCAGCUGGUGGCAGAUCUGUUUCACGACAAAGACGGCGUCUCCUCCUCGAAGUCGUCCAGAGUGAACGUGCGAGCGGCCAAGCCGACUCCCAAAACUCCCAACAGAGAGCACAGGAAGACGGUGGGACACCAGUUCCGCUCUUCUCUUCAUCUGCUCAUGGAGACUCUGAACGCCACCACGCCUCAUUAUGUCCGCUGCAUCAAACCCAACGAUGUCAAGGAGGCCUUCUCGUUCGACUCCAGCCGAGCGGUGCAGCAGCUCCGAGCCUGCGGAGUCCUGGAGACCAUCCGGAUCAGUGCCGCAGGGUACCCGUCCAGGUGGACGUACCCAGAUUUCUUCAGCAGGUAUCGAGUGUUGCUGAAGAAGUCGGACAUGAUGUCAGCAGACAAGAAGCUGGUGUGCAGAAACCUGCUGGAGACUCUGAUCAAGGAGCCGGAUAUGUACCAGUUCGGAAAGACAAAGAUCUUCUUCCGGGCGGGUCAGGUGGCGUACCUGGAGAAGAUCCGGGCCGAUAAGUUCCGCUCGGCCUGCAUCAAGAUCCAGAAGACGGUUCGAGGUUGGCUGCAGAGAGUUCGAUACCGAAAGAUCCGGAAGUCUGCCAUCACUCUGCAGAGAUACGGCCGAGGAUACCUGGCCCGCAGAUACGCUGAGUUCCUGCGUCUGAGCCGAGCCGCCCUCAUCUGUCAGAAGCAGUACCGUAUGGUGAGAGAUCGACGGGCCUUUCUGAGAGUGAGACAGGCUGUGGUCACCAUCCAGGCGUACACCAGAGGGAUGUUCACCCGCAGGAUCUACUGGGAGUUCCUCAUGCACCACAAGGCCAUGAUCAUCCAGAAGAGCGUGCGCGGCUGGCUGCAGAGGAAGAAGUUCAGACGAGCGCGGGCCGCCGCCAUCAUCAUCCAGUGUGCGUACAGACGCAGGCUCGCCAAGCGGCAGCUGCAGCAGCUGAAGAUCGAAGCUCGCUCUGCCCAGCACCUGAAGAAGCUCAACACGGGCAUGGAGAACAAGAUCGUCCAGCUGCAGAGGAAGAUGGACGACCAGUCCAAAGAGUUGAAGUCUCAGAACGAGCAGCUGCAGCAGGUGAACAUCACUCUGGGCUCGGAGGUGAACAAGCUGCAGAAGCAGCUGGAGCAGGCUCGCAGUCAGCAGGCUGGAGGAGGCCAGCUGACGUCACUGCAGGAGGAGCUGGACAGGCUGAGAGAGGAGCUGCAGGAGGCGCUGGCCCACAACAAGAAGCUGGAGGAGGAGCACGGCACGGAGAAACAGUCGCUGCAACAGAGGGUGGAGGAGCUGCAGAGGGAAAACUCUCUGCUGAAGACGGAGAAGGAGGAGAUGAACCAGAUCAUUGCUCAGCUCUCAAAGAGCUCUGAAGUAGACGGCAGCAGUGUGUCUCAGAAGGAGGCGACUCUGCAGAAGGAGCUGGAUCAGGAGAGGCAGCGGUACCAGAAUCUGCUCAAAGAGUUCUCCAGACUGGAGCAGAGAUACGACAACCUGAAGGAGGAGGUGUCACUGAACAAGUUCCACCCCGGCCACAGGAGGAACCCGUCCAACGUGAGCAGCCUGGAGUCGGACUCUAACUACCCGUCCAUCUCCACCUCAGAGGUGGGAGACACCGAGGACUCCAUCCAGCUGGUGGAGGAGAUGGGAGUGGAGAAGGCUGCGAUGGACAUCAGUCUGUUCAUGAAGCUGCAGAAGAGAGUGCGAGAGCUGGAGACGGAGAGGAAGAGGCUGCAGACCAGCGUGGACAAGAUGGAGGAGCUCGCCAAGCGCAAGGGCUCUGAGUCGAGGAGUCCCACCUCAGAGACGGAGACUGCAGAUCUGGCCUACGACAGCCUGAAGAGACAGGAGCUGGAAACAGAGAACAAGAAGCUGAAGAACGACCUGAACGAGCUGAGGAAGACGAUCUCUGAGCGCGCGUCUCAGAACAAUUCAUCCAAUGAGCUGCAGGACGGCUACAACCUGCUGCUCAGCCAGCUGAAAGCAGCCACUGAGGAGCUGGAUGCUCGCAAGGAGGAAGUCCUGAUUCUGAGGACGCAGAUCGUCAGCACCGCUGAGCAACAGGGGAAGAACAAUCACAUCGAGAGCGAGAACGUUCCUGAGCUGAACAGCAAAGAGCCCAUCGACAAAGAGGAGGCGGCCAAAGAUUAUCACGGACUGACCGAGUCCAAAAAGCUGCUGGAGGCUCAGCUGCAGACUCAGUCCAGGCAGCACAAAGAUGAACUGGAGGCUCUCCACACUCAGAUCGAGCUGCUGAGAGACGACAUCGAGAAGAAGCAGGAGAUCCUGAACUACAUGUCGUCUCUGUCUCCGGAGGCGAAGGUGGAGUACAGCGUCCAGCAGGAGAUCACAAGGCUCACCAACGACAACCUGGACCUCAAGGAGCUGGUGGAGAAACUGGAGAAGAACGAGAGGAAGCUGAAGAAGCAGCUCCGGAUCUACAUGAAGAAAGUGCAGGAGUUAGAAGCUUCGAUGGCAGCAGCUCAGUCCAGCAGGUCCAAACCGGAGCUGAUCCGGCAGGUCACCGUCCAGAGGAAGGAGAAGGACUUCGAGGGGAUGCUGGAGUACAACAAGGAGGACGAAGCCCUGCUGCUCAAAACUCUGAUCACAGACAUGAGGCCCAGCUUGGUUUCCGCCACUGUUCCCUGUCUGCCUGCUUACAUCCUCUUCAUGUGCAUCCGUCACGCCGACUACAUCAACGACGACCAGAAGGUGGAGGCUCUGCUCACCUCCACCAUCAACUCCAUCAAGAAGGUCCUCAAGGUGAGCGUCCGCCACACGUCCACCUGUCUCACUAUUAACACGCGUCCUCUCAUUAAAGACGCUUGUUCGUGUCGUCUGCAGAAGAACAACGAUGACUUUGAAAUGACGUCCUUCUGGCUGGCCAACACCAGCCGCCUGCUGCACUGUCUGAAGCAGUACAGCGGAGACGAGGCCUUCAUGACGCAGAACACGAGCAAACAGAACGAGCACUGUCUGAAGAACUUCGACCUGGCAGAGUACCGACAGGUGCUCAGUGACCUCUCCAUCCAGAUCUACCAGCAGCUCAUUAAGGUGGCCGAGGGCAUCAUCCAGCCAAUGAUCGUGUCGGCCAUGUUGGAGAGUGAGAGCAUCCCCAGCCUGGCGGGGGUCAAGCCGAUGGGCUACAGGAACCGUUCGUCCAGCAUGGACACCGACGCCGGCGGGCCCAGCAGCUACACUCUGGAGGCCUUGAUCCGACAACUGGGACAGUUCCACGGGAUCAUGAGGGAUCAUGGCCUGGACCCCGAGAUCGCGGGUCAGGUGGUCCGACAGCUCUUCCACUGCAUCAACGCCACCACCCUCAACAACCUGCUGCUGCGCAAAGACGUGUGCUCGUGGAGCACCGGCAUGCAGCUCAGGUACAACACCAGUCAGAUGGAGGAGUGGCUCAGAGCAAACAACCUGUAUCAGAGUAACGCUGCUGCCACUCUGGAGCCGAUCAUCCAGGCCGCUCAGCUGCUGCAGGUCAAGAAGAAGACGACUCAGGACGCAGAGGCCAUCUGCUCACUGUGCACCAGCCUGACCACACAGCAGAUUGUGAAGAUCUUGAACUUGUACACUCCUCUGAAUGAGUUUGAAGAGAGAGUCACUGUGUCGUUCAUCAGGACCAUUCAGAACUCUCUCCAGGACAGAAACGAUCCUCCUCAGCUCCUCCUGGACACCAAGCAGACGUUCCCCGUCCUCUUCCCGUACACGCCGUCGGCUCUCAGCCUGGAGACGCUGCACAUUCCUGCCUCCCUCGACCUCAACUUCCUCAUCAGAGUCUGAUGAUCUGAGAGGACGUGGCUUUAAAUCCAGGACGAGCUGAGAACAGUCUGAGCAGACGGACAGAAUCACAUCCACCAGCCUGCUGCCAAAGUGUCUUUGUCUUCUUCUGUCACAGAAACUUUCUCCUGAAUAUAUUUAGAGACCUGAAGAGACGGCAGAAAGGAUCAGAUCCAGUCUGUUGCUCUCCUCCACUGUCUUCUUCUUCUUCUUCUUCCUCUUUUCUAUCUUGUUCUUUCUCCAGCCCACUCACAGUAAACAUGAUGUUACAGUAAGUCUGGACAGAGUGAAGACAGGCGAGCGGUCAUGUGACAGACAGAAGUAAACAGGAAGUGUCCUGCAGGAUGAAGACGGUCAGUGAGACGUUUCAGUAAAGAUGAGAAAGGACGAACAGGAACAACUACAGCUCAGCAAUGUUUAAUGACAACAAAUAAAAGCGUUGACACAUCGGUAUGAAGA